AUGGGCGCGCAAUCACUACAUCCUUCACAGAGGCUCUUUUCUUGCGAUGUCUGCAGGAAACAAAGGUCGAGAUGCCAACGCAUUAACCAAACCGAUGCCAAAUGUACCAAAUGUACUAUUUUAGGUCUGCAGUGUACAGGAAUACAGCAGAAGAAUAUGGGUAGGCUGCGGCGAAUGGCAACCUCUACCAACCCAACCUCGGCCACUGAGCGGUUUCAAGCCGGACUGCCUAACCAGUCAAUUUCCCCCAGCCAUUUACAACAGAAUGCUUCCUCUAUGGAGGGAUGGGAUUUUUUAAACUGGUCCGGUAUGCUAUCUCCAGCAUCCUCUCCUACCGAACCCCAUAUCACAACAAUGGAUGAUGCGUUCUGGGCGGUGCCGACAUGGCCUACAAAUAUCAUGGACACCUUUGAUCAAACAUUCUUAUCAUGGAACACUGAUUACGCUCCGAAAGGCGCCAAUUCUCUCUUCAGUGGGGGGCCAGGUUUCAGCAGCACAAUCUCCAGUGCCUACGCCCUCGAAACCCCUCCACAAACUGUCGCACCCCAAGUCACCGAUACCACAAGCUUUCCUAUGAAUAUUACCAAGACAUCAGGGUUUCCAGAGGAUAUUGAUCCCUCGGAUGUCAUGUUCGAACUUUCCAAGAUUAAUCUUGACUUGCAUAUCCGCAUUGCAGCCAUUAAGAAGAAUAAGACGACACUAGAUUUUGACAGCAUAGUUUAUCAGAAGAGCCCGCUAAGCAUUGACAACAUCACCUUGGCCGAGUUCAGUAUCAUUGUGUCGCAGGAAUUCCUCAUUGUUUUGACAAAGCUUCUUAACACUCGGCCGUGUACUGAUCAGCUCUGUGCUUCGCCAACAACAAAAGUAUCAUCUCCAAAGCCGCUGGAAUCACAACAUCGGAAAGACAAAAACAAAUUCCAGGAUGUGUCUACACCACCACUAUCCCAUCCUAGUGCCACCCUAAAGUCCUUACCUGCGCCAACCGUACUAAUCAUCACGAGUAUUCUCAUCCAACUGGUGUCGAUUUAUGAGCUGAUCCUUGAUCAUCUUACCACACGUAUCGAGCGAAUACCCACCGAGCCCCUUACCCCUAUUCCGGGUCUGACCUUUGGGGGGCGACCCCUAGCGACAGCCUGCACACAGUGCAUGACAUUUUCAGAACUUUUGGCAACUCUGUUAAAAGGAAUCGAGCGGGUUCUGGGCAUUAUUCCUAUAUCUGAGGGUAGAAAAGUGGGUUUGUUGUCGCUGAGGCAAAUAGAGGUGCUUAGGAAUGAGUUGGACAAAAGGGAGGAGAUAGUUCCUGGUCAUAUUAUAAUGACCCCUAGCAGGUUGAGGAGACUAUUGGGAAAAGUGGCAGAUAUAUUUAGAUACUUGCACUAA